UACAAGAAAAAAAACAUUAAAACCUUAUUUUUUUCCGUAACUGUGAGAGACCUGAAGAUCAGGAGUGACUAGAGAGGUCAAGUUAAAGGUCAGGUCGGGUUAGAGGUCAGGUGACAGGGGAACACACCUUUUAAACAUCCUUGUAUGAAAAAAGGAUUAAAAUAUUCAGAUGUUUUUAAGAGUAGAGACUCCGCCCAUCAGAGACCCGAGGAGCGAUGACAUCACAGAGAGAGAGCGAGAGAGAGAGAGGAAAAUUCUUCAAGUAUGAGGAAAGUGGUCCUCCUCCUCUUCAUCCCUGUCCUCUGUGUCUCAGUCGGACAGAAGCUCACAGCAGUCGUCCAGAACCUCAGCCAUGUUUCCCGUCACCCCCUCCCUCCUCCUCCUCCUCCUCUUCCUCCUCCCUGGCCCCGCCCUCCUGACCUCAUCAACCUCCCAAGAGCUCCAGGUCAGAGGUCACAGGGAACCAAGGGAAGCCAGACAAGACUCGGUCAAGCUGACCGUCUCUGAAGGAUGCGUCACCGCGGCUCAUUCUUCUGAUGGAGCAAAAGAGAUCGACCAGGUCCCUGGUUCUCCUCUGGUUCUGACCCACAAGCUCAAACUGGUUCCAUCAGGAUCAGGAAUGGGAUCGGGAUCUUGUGGAUGUGAGGCGGACUUUGCCGCCCUUCGCGAGCGCCUGGAACAUCUGGAGAGAGAGUUGUCGAACCUCAGAGAGAAGUGUGGAGGUGACGGAGGCAGCUGCACGUCCAAGGAGAGCAAAGGUCCAGGUUGCUCCAUCAAAAUGGAAAACGCCGAGUGUCUGAACGAGUGCAGCGAUCAGGGUCGCUGCGAGGACGGCAAGUGCGUCUGUUUCCCUGGAUUCAGCGGACUGGACUGCAGUGACUCUAACUGUCCUGGAAACUGCCACGGUAACGGGAGGUGCACGGACGGACAGUGUUUGUGCGAUCCUGGAUUUACGGGACCUGAAUGCUCUGAAGGGACAUGUCCCGAGAACUGCAGUGACCGCGGACGCUGCGUUGAAGGUAAAUGUGUUUGUGACACCGGCUUCACCGGCGACGACUGCUCUGAGAACUCUUGCCCUGGAGACUGCAACAACAGGGGGCGCUGUGUCUACAGGAAGUGUGUCUGCGAUCCCGGAUUUACGGGACCUGAUUGCUCUGAAGGGACAUGUCCAGACAACUGCAGCAAUCGUGGCAGGUGUGUUGACGGUAAAUGUGUUUGUGACACUGGCUUCACUAGUGUGGACUGCUCAGAGAUUGCCUGUCCUAGAAACUGCAACAAAAGGGGGCGCUGUGUCAACGGGGAGUGUGUCUGCAAUCCUGGAUUCUCAGGACUUGAUUGCUCCAAAAGAGCUUGUCCUCUUAACUGCAGCAACCGUGGCAGGUGCGUUAACGGUAAAUGUGUUUGCGGAAGUGCCUUCGCUGGUGCAGACUGCUCAGAGAUUGUUUGUCAUGGAAACUGCAAAAACAGGGGGCGCUGUGUCAACGGUCAGUGCAUGUGCAACGAUGGAUUCACAGGUGAGGACUGCUCUCAAAAAGCUUGUCCCAAAAACUGCAACGCGCGGGGGCGGUGUGUGAGUGGAAAGUGUGUUUGCAGCAUUGGCUUCACUGGACCAGACUGCUCUGCCAAAGCCUGUCCGAAGAACUGCAACAGCAGAGGGCGCUGCAUCAAAGGCAAGUGUUUUUGCCAGCAUGGAUUCAGCGGAGAGGACUGCAGCCUGUGUGUCGAGGGGAUGACCGGACCCAACUGUGAUACAGUCAUGUCAGGCGUCUCUCAGCUGAGGACUCAGGACAUCACAGAGACAUCUGUCACACUGCUCUGGACUCCGCCUCCUGUUCUCUAUGACACCUACCACAUCACCUUCACCAGCCAGAAGGAGCAGCAGGUCAAAGGUCAGGUGAAAGGAAGUGAGAGCAGCUUCACUCAAACUGGACUGGCAGCUGGUCAAGAGUACAGCGCCACCAUCAGUGGAGAGAUCGACGGCCGCAGAGGAGCUCAGAGCUCAACUGAAUUCAUCACCCGUCCAGAUCCUCCGACCGACAUUGUCUUCAGUGACGUGACAGAGACGUCUCUGACCGUGUCCUGGACCAAACCAAAGAGACCAGUCAGUGGAUUUAAAGUCACCUACACCCACAGAGAGGACGGAGACCCUCUGUCUGUGUCCCUGGACUCUGAGGACACGUCCCUCGCCCUCUCGCAGCUCUCGCCGGGUUCCACUUACGAGGUCAGCGUGGUCUCCGUCCUGGGAGCGGACGAGAGUGACCCGGUCAGCGAGGUCGUCGUGACACCGCCGGAUCCGCCCACAAAUCUUCACGCCAUAAACAUCAGUGACACCAGCGCUCUGCUGCUGUGGCGUCCAGCGCUCGCCGCCGUCGAUAAGUACGCCAUCGUUUACCGAUCAGCUCCAGGAUCAGAGUUGAGGAUCACGGUUUCUGGAAACGCCGCCGAGCAGCAGCUGAGUGACCUCCAAGACUCCACCACCUACACCGUCACCAUAACCAGCCAGCUGGGCGGGGCCAAGAGCACCGCGGAGACGACCAGCUUUACUACCAGCAGAGGCUCCGGGAGUGAAGAUGAAGAUGAAGGUGCAGGGCCGAGAGAUCUCCGGGCCACAAACGUGACCCCUCGUUCUGCCACGUUGUCAUGGAAACCACCCUCGAAACCCACUGGAAGCUUCAGGCUGACGUACGUGACAGGAGGUCAGGAGAUGAAGGAAGUGAAGCUGAAUUCCUCGGUGACUGAGUUCACCGCGGGCAGACUCGGUCCAGGAUCCACGUACACGGUGACGCUGCACACGGACGGACAGACGGACGUUUCCACAGAGUUCACCACAGGUUCUCUCAGGUUCCCGUUCCCCGGCGACUGCUCUCAGCAGCUGCUUAACGGCAUCGCCACGUCCGGCCCGGUGGAGAUCUACCCUGAAGGCAGACAGGGGGCGCCGCUGAGGGUCUACUGUGACAUGGAGACGGACGGCGGAGGCUGGACGGUCUUCCAGAGGAGGAGCGACGGCUCGGUCGACUUCUUCAGAGGAUGGAGAGACUACGUCCGAGGAUUCGGAGACGUGGGCGGAGAGUUCUGGCUUGGUCUGGACGCUCUCCACCACCUGACGUCCAGGACCAGGAUGAGUCUGCGCGUGGACCUGCGAGACGGUGGCGACGCCACGUACGCCGCGUACUCCACAUUUGAAGUGGACAAGGACGACUACAGGCUGACAGUGGGCGGGUACCGCGGCACGGCAGGUGACUCGCUCAGCUACCACAACAACCGCAUCUUCUCCACCAAUGACCGCGACCCGGCGGCGCUGAUCACGCGUUGCGCCGUGUCGUACCGCGGAGGCUGGUGGUACGACAACUGUCACGAGGCCAACCUCAACGGACUGUACGGCGUCAACACCAGACAUCAGGGUGUGAUCUGGACGACCUGGAAAGGAAAAGAUUCCUCGAUCUCGUUCACUGAGAUGAAGAUGAGACCGACGUCCUUCACUCGUUCACCCUCUGACUGAACGAGUGAGAGAGAGGGUGAACUGUCUCACGCACACACACACACACAAAAAAUUUAAAGGGUCACUUCAUCUCAUGAUGUCAUCACUCUGUGGCGACAGGAAGUGGAGACGUGUCAGCAUCUUCAUCUUUAUUCUGUCCUCUUCCUCACCACUAGAGGUCACACUGCAUUGUUUUCUGUUUUUUUUAAGUUUCCUGUUUGUUUUCUGGGGGCGUGUCCACGGUUUCAUGAUGUUUGUAAAUAAAUAAAUAAAGUAACAAACAGAAUCUGUCGCUGCACACGUCUAAUUUUACAAAAUAAAUAAAAAACGUUUAUUUUCA